AUGGAUUUAGCCGAACGAUUUUUUGACGUUGAUCAAGAGUUUCUACAAAAAAUACCACCUAUGAUAGAUUAUCGUAGUCAACCAUUGGUAACACUCGAAGAGACCAUCAAAAAGCUUCAAACAUCCAAACAAAACAUUGAUCAUAUGGUGAAAGCGGCAAAAUGGAAGGUGUUCAUUUCAAGAUAUAAUCUUACUGCUGAUGAAGCAGCUGCCAUCUAUCUUUAUACGAUAAGACAUUCGGAAACUGAUCGAGAUAUUUCUAGUCAAUUGAGUACAGCACUUCGACUUAGAUUUCGACAACUGCUUACCCCUUGGUUUCCUUAUCUUCAGCUCUUGAUCACAGCAUUGAAUAAAUUACCAUCAAUGAAAGGUACGAUUUGGCGCUAUUCUCGAGGUCAUAUUGCUGAUAAUUAUCGAAAAGACUGUGUCUGGUUAGGGUUUAGUUCAUGUACAGGAACCAAGCCAUUAUUUGAGCAACCUCUCAACAAAUACGAUGUGUAUACUAUAUUCAAAAUUGAAUGCAUUAAUGGUAAAGUGAUUCGCGAAUUUUCUGACUGCCCUUGGGAAAAUGAAGUUCUUCUAUUGCCUGAUACAAGUUUACGAGUGAUAAAGAUAGUAAAUUUAAAAAAUAGACUUAAAAUAGUUUAUUUACAAGAAGAAGGAUCUCCACAUUUACAAUCGGUUCCACCAUCAGGUUUUUCAUUGUCAAUGGAUAAAAUAAAUGCAACAAACCAUGGCUUCACUUCGACUAAAUUUCAGCCCAACGGUGAAAUGAUAUCAGUACAAUCAUCGAGUAAGAUUUUUUUUUUAGUUUGA